AUGUCCGAAAUCGCUCUCAGAAAGAAGAAGAACGCCGACGCUCAGGCUGCUUUCCGUGCACGCCGUGCCAACUAUAUUGCCACCCUCGAAGAGACAGUAACCAGCUUAGAGGCAGUUGUAGUCCAGCUUCAGGACUCGUGUCGCGAGGCUUGCGCCAAAGCCUCAGAAUUGUGUCAGGAAAACCACUACAGUGUCUAG